AUGUCCAAAGCCCCCGUCACCGUUCCCUGUCAGUACAAGACGGGCAAGACUCUCGGCAGCGGUACUUAUGCUGUCGUCAAGGAGUGUGUUCACAUCAAGGUGGGUAGCUGCUCUAGGGUGGUCGACCUGGCGAUCGUGGCUUCCCUCUCUGCCCCUAGCCGCGCACAGCCGCUGACAUCAGACCGGCCAGUACUAUGCGUGCAAGGUCUUGAACAAAAAGUUCCUCACCCUUGCGCCAACGGGGCUCGGUCCGCUGACAGCAGCUUGUCUUCGAUCUGUGUACUGGUGGAGAGCUUUUCGACCGCAUUUGUGCUCGUGGAAGCUACUACGAGAAGUGAGUUUGGUAGGAUGAGGUUGCAGGAGCUGAUUGUCAGGGAUGCCGCCAACAUCGUCCGCACUAUCGUUUCAGCUGUCAAGUAUCUUCAUGACCAGGGGAUCGUCCACCGCGACUUGAAGCCCGAGAACAUCCUUUUCAAGUCGAAGGCUGAGGACUCCCCGCUCAUGUUGGCUGACUUUGGAACACCAGGCUACAUGGCGCCCGAGAUCUUCAAGAAGGCCGGUCACGGCAAGCCAGUUGACGUCUGGGCAAUUGGAGUCAUCACUUACUUCCUGCUCUGCGGUUACACACCCUUCGAUCGUGAAUCGCAGUACGAGGAGAUGCAGGCGAUCUGCAACGGCGACUACAAGUUUGCGCCGGCGGAGUACUGGCAGGGUGUUUCCGAGACUGCCAAGGAUUUCGUUCGCGCGUGCUUGACCGUCGAUCCGACCAAUCGUCCGACGGUUGACCAGCUGCUUGCUCACCCCUGGUUGGCACAGGAGGCUCCUGCUGUUGCAGAUGCCUCUGGCCACGCCGUCAACCUGCUGCCCAGUGUCAAGAAGGCAUUCGAUGCCAAGAAGACUUUCCGCCGUGCUGUUCGUGGCGUUAUGGCUGCUCACAGACUGCAAGACGGCGGCGCCGCCCACGCGGCGCAUGGCCCUGGUGACAAGGAGAAGCUUCGCGAGGAGGUUGCUCUUCGCAAGGCGGAGGCCGAGAAGGAGAACGUCGAGGACGUCCUCGUCGACAACGACACGCCGUCGGCUUGA